CGCUCGCUUGUAGCACAGCGUCAAGAAACUCGCGGGGCAGCGGCAGGAUGGGAGAGGAGUGCAAGGGCGCGGGGGCGGACGUGAACGCCGGCGUCGACCCGGCGGCGAUCGAGAAGCUGUACGAGGACGUGCCGCCGAUGCCGCUGAUGGCGCUGAACCACAUCUCCCGCCUCUGCAAGUCCGUCGACGCCUCCGUCCGGUUCUACGUCAAGGCGCUCGGCUUCGUCCUUAUCCACCGCCCUCCCGCGCUCGACUUCUCCGGCGCCUGGCUGUUCAACUACGGCAUCGGGAUACAUCUCGUCCAGAGGGACGACGCACGGCGAGCCGCCGACGUCAACCCCGGCGAGCUCGACCCCAUGGACAACCACAUCUCGUUCCAGUGCGAGGACAUGGGCGCGAUGGAGAAGAGGCUGAAGGAGAUGGGGAUCAGGUACAUGAAGAGGACCAUCAACGAGGAGGAGGGUUCGCCGAUCGACCAGCUCUUCUUCAAGGACCCAGACGGCUUCAUGAUCGAGAUCUGCAACUGCGAGAACCUCGAGCUCGUCCCCGCCGGCGCCCUCGGCCGCCUCAGGCUGCCCCGCGACCGCCACAACCCGCCGCUCCGGAUGGACGGCGCCGACGAGUAGCACCAUGCCAAACGCGUAACACGGGGCCUGCGCGCGUGUGCGUGGCUAAGCAAGUUACCUUUUAGUAUUUAUAGAAUGAGGGAGUUAGCUAGUGGUGUGACGAACUGCUGUCACGUUUUAAACUUUCAAUUCUGGGUACUGCUAAGUUUCUCUGCACUCUAUGGUGCGCCGUGUGUGUUUGUCAAUCAGCUGGUCGCUGCACCCUGAUUUUCUGCUGGACAGUGUUUGGUUCCGCUUCGCACGAUGCUCUGGGAAAGAAAAACUGCAGCAUUAAUUUUUUUCUAUGUAGGUUAGUGCCGCGUCUCAAAAUAAAUAUCAUAAUUUUGUACUC